UCGGGCGGUGCGUGAGCCGGUGACGGACUCCGAAAUAUCUCCACGACGGCUCCCCUAUCAUCCUAAAAAAAUCAACGCUGCAAUGAGCACACUCUUUCUGUAGCGGUCGUUUUGUGUCAUACCCAGAUUGAACAAUGUGAUUGUGAUCGGAGGCACCUGCUCUCCCAUGGUCCAGGACCUCAUCUUACUUCACUAGAAUGUACUUGAUGAACGUACCUCCUGUUGCAGCGACUCACACAGAAUGGAGAACAUGUGGCCCACCUGGAGGCUAUAGCCUUCCAAUCUGCUUCAAUGACUCUGACACUGAGUUGUCUACCAGAGGCACACCUAUCUCAGAUAAGGUCCAGAUGAUCAUAGAGAGCCUAAGGAGCACCCAGUCCUCACUCGAGAUGGGCGACGAGAUCGAGGGAAAUGUGCUAUCAGGACAGGAAGGUCAUCCCCAAGUCUGCAAGGUUGCAGUGGGUUCUUUUGUAGGAACCAAGUCCAAAACUAAAAGUCCCCCUGAAAACCAGCAGGAAGGUGUUUCCUCUCCAAUCAAUCAUGAGAGCAGUGACUCUGACAGCGAUGAUUCUGUGGACAGAGGAAUUGAGGAGGCAAUACUUGAAUACUUGAAGGAAAAGGAUGAUCACAAACGCAAGGCAGAACCAUGCACUACUUUCCUCCAAACAUCAAAAAUUCCCAGGAAAAACCCACCCACUCCUGAGGUUUCCAAACAAAACUCUGACAGUGAUACGUUUUUGAUUGCAAGCAACCAGUUUCCAACCAGUGUCAAAACUGAUACCCCCACUGCACCAGCUGUCAUACCUAUAAAAAAGUAUAUCAAAAACAAGGCCUUUCUUAAUGACAACACCUUUAAGAACUUGGAGUUAAAUAAAACAGCCAAAAGUUUACAAUUGGCCAAAGAGCAGACAAAGAGCCCCUCUAAAACAAUUGACCUCAUGAAUGAAAUUAAGUCCCCAGACACAAUUAAAGUGGAAGAAGAUUCAAAUGAUUCCAGUAGUGACGAUGGCAUUGAGGAGGCCAUUCAACGAUACCAGUUGGAGCAAAAAGAGCAGCAGAACAGAAGGGAAACAUUCAAGCCACACACAUUGGAGGAGUCUGACUCUACAAGUGACGAUGGGAUUGAAGAAGCUAUUCGCAGUUACCAGCUUGAGCAGCUCAAAGAGAAGAGUGUCUUCAAACCGUUCUUAUCCAAGCAAAAACCUAUAAAUAAGUCGAUAAUACAGGCUGUUGGAAGUACAAGCAUGGAAAACAUGAAGAAACACAAACUGAGAAAGAAAAAGAACAGAGCAGAGAGAGAGGAGAAAUCUGCUCUACACCCAUCUAUUUUCAUUCCCAAGAACACAGGGGCUGACAGCCAGAGAGGUAAAGGCAAUGGAUUACUUUCACUGAAAGUUGAAAGUUUUAAGGAGCAACCUACACCUACCCCUCCAAAGGCCAAUACAACUGCAGAGCUUAUGUGUGCUGAGGCAAUACUUGACAUCUCAAAAACUGUUAUGCCUGUGGACUUCCAUCACAGUGUCAGCCUGAGCAGCUGUGCCCGCAGUGAAUCUUCCUUGCAAUCAUCAGCCCCUGACAACUGCCCAGAUGAUGAGAGUGAUGACAGCUCUAUUGACAGUGAAGAUGGGAUUGAGCAAGAAAUCAGGAAAUUUCUUGAGCAGAAGGCGCAAAUGCACAACAAGCCACCCAACUCUGCUGUUACUCAAGAGCCAAAAAGUAUAAAUGAACCAGAGAAGAUGAAAACGAAACCAGUUGUAACACAAAAGAAGCCCCCAAGAUUGUCCUUGACACAGAGAAGAAAACACAAAGAGGAAAACUGUAGUGUUUCCAAUGUGUCAGGGAUAGAAAAUGUUAAAGAUACAGCCCCUAAACCUUUACAUGAGCAUAGACAAGAAUCAAGUCCAGUAGCAUUUUCCCAGAGAACCCAAACACAGCCAAUAGCUGGAUUACACAAUACAGAUCAAAGUGGAGACAAAAGCAGUUCUCUUGAUAGUGAUGAGGACUUAGACACAGCUAUUAAAGACCUGCUCAAGACAAAAAAGAAGUCAAAGAAAAAGACAAGAGACUUAAAGCGGAAAUCAAGCAAGUGCCUCAAGGAGGAAAAAACACUGUUAGCGAAUGCUUUACAGGCCAAAAAGUUGAAACCUGAUCCUAUUUCCAUGCGCAGUGCUUUGAAAAAGGUCCAGAAAAGUAAAGUUGACAUGAGAGACAAGUCUACGUUGAGUAAAAAGACAAUUUUGCAACAGAAACAAACUAACAAGAGUAAAGAGCAUGAUAUGCUUGAGGAUGAAACUGAGAAAUUCAAAGGAACUGAGGGUCAAGACACCACAUUGCUGUACAAUACUCAGACUGUUCUUCACAUAAAGGAAGACAGCAGUUCAGUAGACAGCGAUGACAGCAUUGAGCAAGAGAUCAGAAGGUUUCUAGCUGAAAAGGCCAAAGUUUCCACUGCAGAAAAAAAUAAAGAUGGGGAGGUGUCAAGGAAUGGUACUGUCAUGGUUGGUACCCUACAUAAAGAGGAAGACAUUAAACAGGAAAAUCAGCUGGCUGAAAUUCCAAGACAAAGUAUCAUGUCCCUUUCUGGACGAUCUCCUCCAAGUAAUCCUGAAAGUAAACCACCUCAAGAGAGACCACAACUUCCAACACCACUGAGUCUGCUGCCAGACAACUCUACUUUCUAUUCCGUCAGUGCACAAUCAUGUCUGUCCUCAGUCCAGUCCUGCAGCCCCAGUGUUUUGGAGCCAGCAGAUGGGGCUGGGGUUGCUAGAUCUGAGCAAAGAAGACCUUCAACCGCGAAAGGUAAUAUCCAGGAUGUCACUCCACAGAUGGAGAGAGUUCGGCCAGUUUUGAGUACCAGCAUUGCUCAUUCUCGCUCUGAGUCAAUCAAGUGGCGCCAGAGCCUUGGACUCCCCACUAGUGACACAAGAACACUUAGUCGAACUCCAUUCCAUAUCACCUCGUCUAAAAUCAGCGAGACUGCAUCGGAAACGUCAUCAUAUCAAGGUCGGGGCAUCGAUCCCAAAUCACAAACUCCAGUCACCGUUUGGUCCUCUGCAAGGACCAGCAGAGCACCUUUCGCCUGUUCCACAGAGAAAAGUGUAAAUAUGUGUCGACCGCCUGUUUUGAAUCUUUUGUCUCCUGCCAGGCAGCUACCAGGAAUGUCAUUUACACAGAGCCUUGCGCCUGGUCACUGUUUGCAGUGCCCUAUAGAAGGAGAGACAAAGAGCAUGGUGCACAUGUCUAAAGACAAGAGUGUGUUUGUCGAACUUGAAUCUGAUAGGACCAACCAUGUCCAGGUCAGAAGCAGAGAAAGGAGCGAGGGAAAGGAGAGAGCAGACUUGCUAAGUGAGAUAAAAAGAGAGGACAAGAGCAUGAAGAUAGAUGAUAAAGAAGUACAUCCAGAAAGAACAGAGGAAGAAUUUAUAGACGAGGCAGAUAGUGAGUCAGACAACAGGAGAAAUCCAGAGAAGAAGCAGGGCUUUUCCACAUUGUAAGUAUUUCUUUGGCCACUAUGUCGCAUAGCAUCAUAAUCCAAUUUCAUUACUUGAUUGUGCCCUGCUUAUAAAUAUAAUGUAGGUUAUGAUCAAGUUCAUUUAUAGGCUUGAAGGGAAUGUUUGUCAAUAAGAAAAACAAAACCGGCAUUUUUAAAAAUGUGUUUGUACAUUUAUAUGGCUAUGUAAACAUCAUCAUGAAACUUUUUUUGUGCUCUGAAGUUACUUCAUAUCACUGAAACUUUGAAAAGCAAUACAGUGACAUUUUGGCUCAGGAGGCAGACCGGCAUGAGUUGUACCAUAUAUUUUAUGUAAUAAAUAGGCGACCAAAAAAUUUUACCUCUCAAUAUGAUAAAAUAAAGAUUAAGUCAAAAUGCUUGGAAAUUAGGAUGUAUCUUUUUUUUAAUAUACAAGUGGGACAAAAAAAAUUAACAAAGUUAAUCAGAAAAGUACAUGCUGUUAUUACAUAAUCUUAAUCGCAAUUUACCUGAGAUAGGCUUACUUAAAG